UUUUGACCUCUCUUAAUCUCAAGUGUAAGGUCGGCAUACAGGGUCGGCAGGUUAACAAGCUCGCAAUGGAGUACUGAAGUGGAAUGGUAAAGUGAAGAUGCUUCAUACAUUUAAAAAACUUGGCAAACUAUGUGAUGUUGGCUGCCCUGCUGCAGUUACCUUUCUGAAGCACACCUCUAGUACAUGGUCUAUUUGUAGGAAUACAAAUGCAUGUAUUAUGGACAUAUAGAAAAAUAACUCUCACUUUUUGUCCUGUCAGGAAAAAAUGGCAGGCUGUCAGAAUGUACAGCAGUAUUCUCUCAAGUAACAAUGUUCCCUUCUCUGCUACAGUGAAUCUGCUAAGUUUAAGACAUUCACUAUUGACGUUAGCCUGUAGUUCCAUAAGCUCCCUGGGCAUAGACAACUUAGUGUCUUGGAAGACGGAGAAAAGGAAUGUGCUUAAAAGUAAACAUAUUUCACAAAAUCCUAAAGGAUCCUCAACACAUAGUUACUCUAAACUAUCUUCAGCUUCACAUUGCUUUGAGUGUCUUGAUCCAAGCUAUAGGCACUAUAAAAUAAACUGCAUCUCAAGGGCUUUUGCAACGUCUCAGAAGUGCUUUAAGAAAAGGCUGAAGACAAGCAAAGAGAGAGAUAACCAUGAGAUAUUUGAUGAUGUUGAUGACACAGAUAUUAAAGAUAUAGUUGAUGAUGAAGUUGAGAAGAGUCUACCAAGUGUUCAGUUGCAGGACUACAUCCUGCCAGAGGGAGGGCAGCAAGUGUUUGUGAUACAGCCAGUGUUUAGUGGAAGGGAGAAAGCCCCAGUGAAUGAGCUGACAGAGUCCUGUGAACUGGUGGAAACUCUGGAUAAGUGGACUGUUGUGGAGAAGGCCAUGUAUCCUGUGCAGAGAGGGGACAAAAGUCAGCUGUUCAGCAUUGGGGUGAUGGAAAAGGUGACAAAGCACCUCCAGUCAUGUCAAGAUGCCUCUGCAGUGUUUGUUAGUUUAAGCAGGUUGACGGGGACACAGAUAGCCACCUUACAGGACAUCUGGCAGUUACCUGUGUAUGACAGGUACACCAUAGUGCUUCAAAUCUUCAAGAUGAAUGCAGUGAGUAAUGCUGCCAAACUGCAGGUGGCUUUAGCUGAGAUACCAUACCUCAGGACCCAGGUAUGGGCUCUGUCCCCAGGAUAUUAUGACCAGCAGAAAGGUGGAACCUCUUACAUUGGAGGCAGUGGGGAGAAACAGAUAGAACUCAGCAGACGUUUCCUGCAUGAAAAAGAACUGAAAAUCAAGAGAGAACUUGCAAAGCUGUCCUCACGUAGAGCUGUCAUAAGGAGCAAGAGGAAGAAAAACAAAAUUCCAGUGGUUGCUGUUGUUGGUUAUACUAAUGCAGGGAAGACAAGCAUUAUAAAAAGCCUUACUCAUAGUGAGCGACUGCAGCCUGAGGACCAGCUAUUUGCAACACUAGAUGUCACUGCUCAUGUUGGCUGGAUAAUGCAGCGCAUGUGUGUAGUGUUUGUGGACACUGUGGGAUUUAUUGCCAACAUUCCCAGUGGACUUAUUGAGUCAUUCAAAGCCACUCUAGAGGAUGCCAAGGAGGCAGAUCUUCUUGUCCAUGUGUUGGAUGCUAGCAGUCCCAACUUGGAAAGCCAGAGAUCUGUAGUCAUGGAAACUCUUACUUCAUUACAUUUGCCACAGAGACUGAUAGACAAUAUGAUUGAGGUGCAUAAUAAGUGUGAUAAAGUGCCCAGCUCCCUACUGUCUCCACUCCCACCCCAGGCUGUAUAUGUGUCUGCCACCACUGGCACAGGACAGAUAGCACUACAGGAACUCAUGGAGAAGAAGAUAACAGAGACAACUGGCAGAAUGGUCAAACAUUUCAAAAUACCAAUGGGAGACUGGCAGCUUAGUUGGUUGUACAAGAAGUCCACAGUGAUGUCAGUAAAGGCAAGUGAAGAUGGGGAGCAUUUAUUAGUAGACGUAAUCAUCAGCCAAGCAGCAUAUGGACUAUUUAAGAAAAUCCAUCAUACCAGUUAACUAUAUACAACUGUGGACAAUUUUUAUCUUCUAGCAGUUCUUUUGUCAUGGUUUUUUUUUUCUUUAAGCAAUAUAUAGGGAUUUGAAAAUUUAAGUU